CUAAGCCUGCAGGUCCUGUUUUUUUUAGGAGCGUGCCAGAGACAACAGACACACUUAGUAUGAAUAGUGUAAAUUCUAAAGGUUUUUUAUUAUUAUUGCUUUUGGAAAAAACCUAUGAGGAAAACAGGAACAAAGAAUGGACAUAAGAUGAUUUGGAAGGUGCAUAAUUUUUUAGUACCUUUCAUCUUAAGGACACAAUUGGCAAUGUUGCCAUGCGCAAUUAAUUUGGUAGUUACAGAACUAAAACUCUUCCACAAGGUUCCCUGUUAAGGAACAUGACAAACUCAGGGAAAGUUCUCCAUUUGUAUGUUGAGGUGAGACCUGUACCUGAUGAAGAGAGGGCAAAGUUGAAAGAUAUAAAAGGAGCACAGACCCUCAUGGUACAUAAACCAGACAUCUUCCCUGAGUCUCAGCAUGGAGCCCUUAAUACUCCAUGUAGCUUAGUACCUCCACCUGUGGAUGAACGCAAUGUGGGUAGCAACUCACAGGGCAUUUUCACCAGUAAAUCUCCAUUCGACUUACACAUUAAUCCAGGUGGAGAAGGGCAGGCACCACUUCAAACUGGAGUAAGUUUGUCCCAUGAUGAGAUGUAUCAGUUACUCUCUGCCCUUCAACCAGAGCUUAAAAGAGGUACAGGUAAUCUGAAACAAACUCGAUCCACUGAGAAUGAGCCGUUCUGUGGAAGGGAGUCAAGAAUUUAUGGACAUUUUACUGCCCCUCCUACACCCAGUGGUGCUCGAAAGACCUAUGGAGAAUUGGACAAAGGAAAACUGUCAAUUGCAACAUUUAGUUAUAUUAAGAAAGCUAAUAUCAGGUAUGUGGGUGGUCAUCCUAGUAUAUUUUGCCAAAAUAAACCAGAGAAUCCAUUCAGAAAAUCUUUCAAUGAUCAAACCAUCUCCUUUCACUGCCAUGAAAAUUUCAGUAACUCAUUAGGGUUGAACGGGCAAGAAAGCUUUUGUAACUCCAACUCAAACAAUAUCUUAACAGGCUCUGUGAUUAAACCAAAGGAUAAUAUCAGUCUCCAGCGCAUGAGAAUUGCAAGAAACAGCACCCAUCAUGCUUUGAAAGAGUUUGGUUCCCCACAGCUCAGACCCCAAUUAGUUACUGCCAACUAUCCUGACAGAUGUUAUGGAACUCUUCAUAGACUACAGCCCCGCUGCCACUCAUGGUCUGGAUCUCCUGUGGUUACGCGUGUUGCCAGAACUCUGCCUGCUUAUACACAUCCAGUUGAUCUUUAUCAACACAAGUCUCCACAUGGUAUUCCAAGGAGCCCAGCAGCUCACAAAUUAUCUAGUGAUGCUGGACAGCACCACUUUAUAUCAUGCUCUGCUAAUGCUCAAUUUCAAGCAAUUCCAAAUCCACAAGAAUGGAAGAGUGAUGAGACUUUGAAGCAAGAGUAUAAGCAUAGUUCAGUUUUGCCAUCCAGCAGGCCCACAGCUAUUCAGCAUCAAAUUCCCUAUAAAAACAUUAUUCAAUCACCUCAUAAGCAGACAGGAAGUCAAAAAACAAGUCCACAGCAAAACAACAAGAUUAAUUUUAGCCUAACUUCAUUGUCAAAUGGGCCAGCUCCUAGAGGCAACAAAGUGAGUGUUGAGACAAAUAUCUUGUCUGCAUCAAGUGCAAGUGAAUUGACCCCUAACUUUGUGGAAGAAGCCACAAAUCUUAUUAUACAUUUGGAAGACCGGAAACCAUCUUUAAAUACUGUAAAAUCGGAGAGUGCAAGGUCAGGACAACUCAAUACAGAAGAGUUUUCCACAAGGACUUACCCAGAAAGCAAUAUUGUUCCUCAGGAUGAACACUGGGCCAACAAAACACAACAGAAAUCUGUUAAGACACAACGUUCUUCAGGUUGGGGGUCCCCACAUUUGUCUUUCAGUGGGGGCAGAGCGCUUGCGUUUUGUUCUAAUUUGCACCAAGUGGGUGUAAUGUCUACAUCUUCAAUCCAAGAGCCAUGUCAGCAGGGAAGAAUAAUUCAAGGGAUGAACAGUCCUGUUUCAUAUCAACACUCACUGCCCCAAUAUACAGGGGAGAACAGUAUACAGAGACAAGAAGACAGGCACUGUGAUGCAGGGAAUGGCUGUGGUCUUGGAGACAGUCCAGAUGCAGUAAGACCUUGCACACAAUUUAAUAGUAAUAUACCAGUAAAAACAACCUUGAGAGAACCACAUUUUUCAAGAGUCAAAGAGAACACCACUAAGGAGAACACAUCUGAAGUUGGAGUGUCAUUUGGAAUGCCCUUAGGUAUUUUGAGCAAAGAGGAAAAAAUGACUUAA